UGAUUUCCGGUCUGGUUGGUGACAGGCUUCCCUUGUUCCUGCUGCCCACAAAGUCGCAGCACAGUCCCGAAGCAGCUCGCAGCUACACACCGCUUACCGGUGACUCUUCACUUCGUUGUUUUCUCCGUUAAUCCGCCAAGACGUCUUACGCAAUGAGAGGAGAUCGGGGCAGGGGCCGCGGUGGCCGUUUUGGCUCCCGUGGUGGUCUGGUACAAGGGUACCGGCCUUUUGUCCCACACAUACCAUUUGACUUUUAUGUCUGUGAGAUGGCCUUUCCACGGGUGAAGCCAGCCCCUGAUGAGACUGCGUUUAGUGAAGCGCUGCUGAAGCGAAACCAAGACCUUAGUCCUUCCUCUGCUGAACAGUCUUCCAUAUUGUCCUUGGUGACGAAGAUCAACAACAUUAUUGACAAUUUAAUUGUAGCACCUGGGAACUUUGAAGUGCAAAUCGAGGAGGUGCGGCAAGUGGGUUCCUACAAAAAGGGCACCAUGACGACGGGACACAAUGUAGCUGACCUUGUAGUUAUUCUUAAGAUUCUUCCUACAUUGGAAGCAGUCGCUGCAUUAGGAAACAAAGUAGUAGAGACUCUGCGUACCCAGGAUCCCGCUGAGGUGCUGUCUAUGUUGACCAACGAGACUGGCUUUGAGAUCAGCUCAGCUGACGCUACAGUGAAGAUCCUCAUCACUACAGUCCCUCCAAACCUGCGCAAACUCGACCCUGAACUCCACCUGGACAUCAAGGUGCUGCAGAGUGCUCUGGCUGCUAUUCGCCAUGCUCGCUGGUUCGAGGAGAACGCCUCACACUCGACGGUGAAGGUUUUGAUCCGCUUGUUGAAGGAUCUGCGGGUGCGCUUUCCUGGCUUUGAGCCUCUCACCCCCUGGAUUUUGGACCUCCUGGGGCACUCGGCUGUAAUGAAUAACCCCUCCAGACAGCCUCUUUCACUCAACCUUGCUUACAGACGCUGUCUCCAGAUGUUAGCAGCAGGACUGUUUUUACCAGGUUCUGUAGGCAUCACAGACCCAUGUGAGAGCGGCAACUUCCGCAUACACACUGUAAUGACCCUGGAGCAGCAGGAUAUGGUGUGUUUUACGGCUCAGACAUUGGUGAGGGUCCUUUCCCAUGGUGGCUACAGGAAGAUCUUAGGACUUGAAGGAGAUGCCAGUUACCUGGUUUCGGAGAUGUCCACAUGGGACGGUGUGAUUGUCACCCCAUCAGAGAAAGCCUAUGAGAAGCCUCCAGAGCGUAAAGAAGAAGAAGAGGAAGCUUUGGAGGAGGGAGGAGAAGGGGAGGAUGAAAUUAUGGAGACACAGGAGUGAAACUCAAAGGGAUCAUAGAUGAAGCCAGAUAUCAUAGAUGAUCCUGUUUUGCUGUUUUUUAAUUUUUACAUUGAUGUUUUGGACUGUGUUUUAUUGUUCAUUCCUAUUUCAGUUUUUUCCCCCCCAGUGUUUGCUGCUCAGUCCUCGUCCCCCUUCCCUACACAAAAAUGUAUCCCACCAUUUGUUGCUUGAACCAACACCAUGUGUUUAAACUACAGUGAGGUCAAGUUCUUCACAUUUAUGUACUGAUGAUCUGUAUUAUUACUUUGUUUCCAUCCUUGAUAAAGUUUUUUUUUUUCUA